AUUCCGACAGCACGUGAAGGCAGCAAUAUGCUUGAUAACAGUUGAGUUAAACUGUGAUUGUGCUCAGACUGUACCUGGAGCCGAGAGGAAGGAGCCAUGGCUGCACUGUUCAAAGCAAGGAGAGCUCUUGGCUUGUGUCUCACUGGUUGUCGAAGUCUGACUCAGCUAGCAGAGUUACCAGACACUCAUCAGCUUCUCAGACAGACCUGCAGAGACUUCGCAGACAGAGAGCUGAUCCCCAUCGCUGGCAAAUUAGACAAGGAACAUGCCUACCCUGCCAAACAGAUUGAGGAGUUGGGGGCGCUGGGGGUGAUGGCCAUGGAGGUCCCAGAGGAGCUGGGUGGAGCCGGGAUGGACUAUCUGGCGUACAGUUUGGCUGUGGAGGAAAUCAGCAGAGGCUGCGCCAGCACUGGAGUCGUGGUGUCCGUUAAUAACUCUCUCUACAUCGGCCCGAUACUGAAGAACGGCACAGAAGAACAGAAGAAGCAGUGGAUCACACCGUUCACCACGGGAGAGAAGGUGGGCUGCUUCGCCCUCAGUGAGCCAGGUAAUGGCAGCGACGCUGGUGCAGCCUCCACGAUCGCUCGUCAGGAGGGAGACGAGUGGGUGCUGAACGGAACCAAAGCGUGGAUCACCAACAGCUGGGACGCCUCUGCCACCAUCGUGUUCGCCACCACAGACAAGAAACUCAAACACAAGGGUAUCAGUGCCUUCCUCAUCCCCAUGCCACACCCGGGGCUCUCUCUGGGGAAGAAGGAAGACAAGCUGGGCAUCAGAGCCUCGUCCACUGCUAACAUCAUCCUGGAGGACUGCAGGGUGCCACUGGGCAACAUGCUGGGCCCACGUGGAGCUGGAUUCAAGAUUGCAAUGCAAACCCUGGACAGCGGACGGAUCGGCAUCGCAGCUCAGGCUCUCGGUAUCGCUCAGGCAUCUCUGGACUGUGCCGCAGACUACGCACUCAAACGCACCGCGUUUGGAUCACCCAUCGGCAAGCUGCAGGCCAUACAGUUCAAACUGGCCGACAUGGCUUUGGCAAUAGAGAGCGCACGUCUGCUCACCUGGAAGGCUUCACUUCUUCGAGAUUCAAAGAACCCCUUCACCAAGGAAGCGGCUAUGGCCAAACUCGCAGCGUCUGAAGCUGCCACAUUCUGCUCACAUCAGGCGAUCCAGGUUCUGGGUGGGAUGGGUUACGUGUCCGACAUGCCCGCCGAGAGGCACUACCGCGACGCUCGCAUUACAGAGAUCUACGAGGGCACCAGUGAGAUCCAGAGACUGGUUAUUGCCGGCCAGUUACUGAAGGAAUACCAGUCAUAGACAAACUUCUGCCAGUGCCUUUGCUACAGUAUGGACAUAUAAUUUCAGAUCUGGAGUCAGAUAAAAAUCAACCGGGACAUCACCUCAUCCAUAAAGAUAAAGAAGAGCCAGUACGAGCUGAGGUGCAGCUUUUAUUCAUUUUGGCAGCAGGUCUUAAUGUCGGGGUUAGAUCAGAGACGAUGAUACACAAGUUCAGAUGAUUUUAUGAGUCCAUUGCCUCAACUGUAAACGGGUCUCUGCUGCCUUAUAAAGAAUAUCCGUGUGUUUCUGGUUUCAAGGGUCAGUUCACCUACACGUAUUUUCACAAAGGAAAUAAUUCUUGGUGCUCAAAAGCCUAAAUCUUACACUUAAAGGAAUGUAAGAUUUAGGGGGAUUUAGUGGCAUGUAGUGGUGCUGAAACUUCUCCUGGUUAGGAUUCCUUCAGUGUUCAGGAGGUUUUUAAUGUGAGCCGAAUCAUCCUCAGAGGUCUCUUCUUUUCUAAAACUGACAAAUAGACCCAAGUUUAAUCCCGAUGAUAUCAAGAAUGAGUCUCCACUCUGAGAUUCGGUUGAACUGACUCUUUAAGAUCAUGAGAGGUUUUAACCAGCAGAGGGCGACAGCAUGCCUUCAUGUUUCUUAGACCCACUUCUUCCUCACACACAUUCAUGGAUCACAUGAAACACUGCAAAUGCAUCACACGUGUUUUCAGAAUGUACACACUGACUAAAGUUUUAGUAAUUUAAUGUUCUGGAUGGCAGUUAGAGUUUAUACUUGAAUGAUCGUAGCGUAUAAAGUCUGUUGGCCUGAACGUUGAAGCAGUUUGGGUUUAAAUCUGCAAGAGGCUGUGUUUAAUAGAAAGCUUUGUGUUGGGUGUUUUCACAGACCUCUGUGCCUCAAUGAUGUGUACAUAUUUUAUUGUAAUUUAUUGUGUGCAGAUGACGAUUACAAUACAACGACAGGACUUGUCACAGAGAAAUUAUGG